AUGCCACUCCGUCACAACCCUGACAUGCUCUCGGCUCCUCCUGGGAAGCGAGAGUGCAUGGUCAGUGGGGCGAUGGAGGAGAAUGGAUUUGUAAAUAUAGGAGCCCCACCGCUGAACACAUAUGGUCACAAACAUUCCCCACACGCACCAUUGCAUCCAUCUGGGCUCACAUAUACAAUUGGUACACUCCGCAUAGAAUAUGGCAGAGACUGCCCCCUGUGUCAGGGCCCCCCCGAGACCUUGGAGCACCUGCUGGUCUUGUGCCCAGCCGUCCGCCCCUUCUGGACCCGGGUCCAGGAUCUGCUCGCACGGAGGCUGGCAUGGAGACUCCCCACGCCGGCUGCCCUAGGAGGGGGAGACAAGGAGUCCUGGCUCCUCCACUUUGGGCCCAUCGGAAGUCGCUCUGGAGCCACCACCAACAUCGACCUGGUUCGACUCAUUACUGCAAUGGCCCGCUACAGAGUCUUCAUCGUCCGGAACAUCUGUCUUCACGACCGCCGAACAGGACUUCACUGGCCCACAUUCACAGGACUGUUGACCGCACACCUCCGUCACCUGCACUCUGCAUUGGAGCAACGGUUCACCAGCACUCUUGUCCCCCACAACACCCUGAUCCAACUCACACCAUCUGGACUGACACUGAACCUCUGA